CACCGCAGCCCAAAGUUACGAUGCAGUCCGAGAUAACUGAGGUAUUCGGGCAGUUAAACCACUUUCCCAGCCCUCUCGCAGCAUCCGUCUCUGUGUACCCUGAAGCAACAACUGGCUCCGUAAACAAACACAUUUCAGUAUCCACUGAGUGGAAUCAGUGCGAGUCAGGCAGGGCGGCCAGAUUGCGGUUCUCUCAGCACUGGACCCUACAGUGUGACAGGGGAACAGUGCUACAAAUUUUACCAUCAGGACCAUGUAUGCACACUCAAGGAGAGUUGCUAAGCAGUCAUUCAGCCUCUGGAGAACUGCGAGCAGUUGUCAGGGAAACCAGUGGUUCUGGUGCAGGACGGCAGUACUUGGAGGUGUGGGGUAAGCACGGUCUGGUGAAAAGUCUGGAUCUCACCUCUCUAAACAGACACGGAAAAGUCUAUGAGGAUGCUCAGUUUGCUUGCCUUGAUUGGUCGCCAUGUGAACAGAAGUUACUGUACGUCGCUGAAAGAAAGAGACCAAAGGUGGAGCCGUCAGGAGAUUCAGCGUCUAUGGCGAGUAAUGACGGCUCAGAGACAAAAACGACAGACAAGGACAGGAGUGUGUAUGUGGAGGACUGGGGAGAGGGGCUGGUGGGGAAAAGUACUUCUGUGCUGUGUGUGGCUGAUUUAAGGAAAGGAGAAGUGACUGUUCUGGAAGGUCCUCCUCUUCAGGUGUCUCCCGGUCAGGGUCUGUGGGCACCUGAUGGGCGGGGUGUUGUUUUUGUGAGCUGGUGGCACGAACCAUUUCGACUGGGUUUGAAGUUCUGCUCCAAUCGCAGAUCGGCUCUUUUUUAUCUUGACCUGACGGGAAACUGCGAACCCCUGUCCAGUGACUGUGUUUCGGUGCUGUGUCCUCGAUUCAGUCCUGAUGGCCGUUGGCUGGUGUACCUGCAGGGCCGAGUGUUUGGACCUCAUCGCCAGUGUCUCAGUCUGUGGCUGUAUAACUGGGAGAACAGAACGACCUCUGUGUUGGUGGAUGUAGUGAGGAGAGCAGAGAGAGGAGAGUUCGCCGGUUUGUACGAUUCUCUCCCAACUCGCUGCUGGUCCUCAGACAGUCAGAGGGUUGUCUUCAGCACCGUCCGAGAGAAUUGGAGGGAGAUUUACACUGUGGACAAAGACACUGGCAGAGUAACACGUCUCUCUAACAGUGUUGAGUUUGGCAGUUGGAAGCUGUUGACGAUAGAUCAGAAUUUAAUGGUGGCCUCUUGCUCCUCACCCAACAGACCAUCAAGCCUGGUAGUGGGGUUUCUGCCGGGUAACUGUGAGGCGGAGGGUGUGGUCUGGUCUCCUCUGGGUGACUCUGGUUCUUCCAUUGACCUGGACUGGACGACCCUGGAGGUCACGCCGGGGUCAGAGGAGGAAAACGCUCAGUUCUCUGGUUUGCAUUUUGGGGCUUUGUUGCUGAAACCCUGUCGCUCUGCUUUGAAUAAGAAGUUUCCUGUCGUAGUCUUUAUUCAUGGUGGGCCUCACUCCACAUUCUCAGCUGAAUGGAAUGUCACAGCUGCGGCUUUGAUCAAACUGGGGUUUGCUGUAUUAAUGGUGAAUUACCGUGGUUCCACAGGAUAUGGCCAGGACAGCAUUGAGUCUCUCAUUGGAAACAUUGGCAGUCAGGAUGUGAAAGAUGUUCAAAGGGCAGUGCUGCAUGCCCUACAGACUGAUACGACCCUCGAUCCCGAAAGGGUGGUGGUUAUGGGUGGGUCACACGGGGGCUUCCUGGCCUGUCAUCUGAUUGGUCAGUAUCCGAAGUUCUACCGAGCGUGUGCGGCACGGAACCCAGUCAUCAACGCGGCGACUCUGCUUGGAACCAGUGACAUUGUCGACUGGAGAUACUCCUCUAUUGGACUGCAAUACAAUUACAGCCAGCUACCCACUGCAGAUGCUCUAUCCAUCAUGCUGCAGAGAUCACCUAUUGCCCACGCUGCACAGAUUUGUGCCCCAGUGUUGCUGAUGUUGGGUGGGAAGGAUAAGAGAGUCUCCCCUUACCAGGGCCUGGAGCUCUACAAAGCCCUGAAGAGCCGGGAGUCUCCUGUUAGGUUGCUGUGGUUUGCUGAAGACGGCCACUCUCUCUCUAAAGUGAGCACUCAAGUCAACUGCUUCCUCAACAUUGCCCUGUGGUUCCAGGAGCAUCUUAACAUGACAUAACUGUUUACUGCUCAACACAAAAACAUCUUAACACAUCUUAAAAACACAUCUUAAUCUCACAUAACUGUCUACUGCUCGGCACUCAGCACAUAAAAACAGAUGGUCACACCCAGAGCUAGGAAAACAGAAACGCACAAUUCUCCUUGCGUUAGUCAACCUUACAAUGACCUUAUUGCUUUGAUCUACAGGCUCUGUCUUCGGGAGUCUAAUAACCUAACUGUACUUCUACAGAAGUACAAGAGGAAUCAGUGUUGAUUUCGGACGUUUCCCCAGUUUGUACACCAGGGGGCAGGCCAGCCCGCAUUGUGCUUAGACGCUGUCAUCUCAGUACAAUUCAGGAUAAUGUAAUCCUGAUUAUGGCUGUAAAACUUCCUGUAAAAGCUAAACUGAUCAUUUGUAUAACAAAAGCUAAACUAUCAGUAUGUUGUUUGAUAAUUUUAAAAUGUUCCAAUCAAAUGUUUAGAUAUG